AUGACAAUGACGACGCGACGUCCGUUUGUUUAUUGGGCACAAGACGAAAGAUUACUUUUCCUAACGAUUGAUUUAAAAGAUUCAUGGGAUGUUAGUUAUGCAAUAACGGGCAACUCUUUUGAAUUUCGUGCUACUGGAGUUGGUGCACAUGGUCGAUGUGAAUAUUCAUUUCAGUUAUCAUUAUUUGCAGAUGUUGAGCUGGAAAAAGCUGGUCAAGGAGGUGGAAACAAAUUGUUGUAUGUUUUGAAAAAAACGAAUGUUAUGUGGUGGCCUACUAUUCUUAAUGAUGGUAGUCGAUAUUCUUGGCUUCGAAUCGAUUUUGAUCGAUUCCAAGAUCCAGAUGGAAGUGAUACAGAAGACGAGUAUGAAAUGAUAAGUAUGAAUGCACGCACACCGGAAGCGCAGAUGGAUGCAAUAACACAGCGUAUUUUAAAUGAAUGCCGCACUAAGUCAAAAACGAAAACGGAUUUUAUCAAUGAUGUAAAACAAUUCGCUAAAAAAUGCAAUCAUUUGCUGAUUCAGUACCUUUGUGCAUAUAACAUAACAUUAUUUAUACUUCAUGUAUACUUAUUGUUCACUUUAGUCUUCAGUUUCUUCACUAUUGGAAAUGCAUAUUACAAUUCAUUCUGGCAAAAUAAUGCCAACAUUAUAAAAAUUGCAACAGUUUUACAGCUAAUGGAUGUUGCACAUGCACUGAUGGGCUAUACAAAAGGUAGUUAUCGAGUUGGACUUAUACAGGUUUGUGGACGUUUAGUAUUCAUAUAUAUUAUUGAUGGCUGUCCAGAUGUGCAAACUUCAUCAACAACUUUCAUUUUAAUAAUUGCAUAUUUUUCGAUUGAAAUUUUCCGAUAUCCAUACUAUGCGGCAAGCAGUUUAAAAAUUGAAAUUCCAUUGCUUACAUGGUUACGAUACAAUGCAUGGAUAUUACUUUAUCCAGUUGGUUUACUUCUUGAAGGUGUAACGAUGUAUCGAUCUAUUCCUUAUUAUUAUGAAACUGGAAAAUAUAGUAUUAAACUACCUAAUGCUACAAAUAUUGGCUUUAAUUUUAGUUUUGCUCUUGGCAUCUUUUUUCUACUUGUGUUUCCUUUUGUGGCAGUAUACUUAUUGAAGCAUAUGUGGUUGCAACGAUGCAAAAAAUAUGAAGGUUUGGUUAAAAAACUGUAG